UCUAGUAAUCUGUUCUACAUUAGAUGGUAAUAGUGGGUGAUCUGUCUUCUCUGGAUGAGCUCUAAAAUUGUUUCAUAGAUUUAUUAUUGAAAAUGAAAACAGGCUGAACAGAAUUUUUGAAUAGUGACAAUGAACAGUUGAACGCCUCAGUAAGGAAGUUCUUUCUUCUCAUGCUCACAUAACAGAAAAAACAGAUGUCUGUGUUUGUCCAGCAUGUUGGGGGUGUGGACCGCUGACAUUCCUGCUGUGGAUCGUCUGGUUCUGUAACAAACGGACCCACUUCCUGAAAGAGUCGGGCAUGUCACCCGAAGGCAUGAAGGUCUCUGGUGUUUAGUGUUUUAAAUCCAGCAAAUUGUUUCUACGUCUAAAAUCUGGUGUGGAAAAAAAAACAGUUUGAGAAGUUUUAUUCAACGGUAUGAGAGGAAAAUGCAAUGGAGACAGAGUUACUGCAUUUAGUUACCAUGAUUAAACUGAAAUGAAGCGGAACCGGUUUAACUGAAGCAAAUCCCCGCCCCAGUGUACUUAACCACGAUCCAGGAAGACGCGAUCAUACCUUAGCUGCUGUCAGGCUGUGAGAGUCGACAGGGUUUUCACGUUGUCUUCUGUUUGAGCUGCGUUUUUCUCAGCUUUGCUCGCAGACAGAAUGGCGAGGCCGGAAGAUCUCCACUGUCCCGUCUGCAUCGAGAUGUUCAGAGAUCCCGUCAUCCUGCCAUGCAGCCACAGCUUCUGUAAAACCUGUCUGCAGUACUGGUGGGAAGAGAAGAAAGCCAAGGAGUGUCCGCUGUGCAAAAACAUCUCGGUAGAGAGGGAAGGGCUCUGCAACCUGGUGUUAAAGAACCUCUGUGAGAACCUGUCAGAGGAGAGGAUCCAGAACAGCCGGCAGGACAUCUGCAGCCUGCACGGCGAGAAACUCAAGCUCUUCUGUCUGGACCACCAGGAGCCGGUGUGCGUCGUCUGCCGAGAUUCUGAAAUACACAACAGCCACAGGUUCAGACCCGUCGACGAAGCUGCUCGACAACACAGGACGGAGCUGCAGGACACCAUGAAGACCCUGCAGGAGAAGAUGAAGGUGUUCAACCAGGCGAAGGUCCAGUUCAGUCAAACGGCGGAGUACAUCAAGGCCCAGGGCCGGCACACGGAGCGGCAGAUCAAGCUGCAGUUCCAGAAGCUUCACCAGUUUUUGGAGGAGGAAGAGGAGGCCAGGCUGGCUGCUUUGCAGAAGGAGGAGACCCAGAAGAGUCAGAUGGUUAAGGAGAGGAUAGACGCACUGAGAAGAGAGAUGAUGGCUCUGUUAGACACCAUGAGGGCCACAGAGGAGGAGCUGAGAGCUUCAGACGUUUCCCUCCUCCUGAACCUCAGGAGCACCAUGGAAAGGGUGCCUCUCUGCCCCCUGCUGGAGGACCCACAGCUGCCCUCGGGAGUUCUGCUAGAUGUGGCCAAACAUCUGGGCAACCUUGGAUUCAACAUCUGGAAGAACAUGAAAGACACGGUGUCCUUCACGCCGAUCGUCCUGGACCCAAACACGGCGAACCCGGAGCUGAUCCUGUCCGAGGACCUGACCACCGUGAGGUGUGGCAGGAAGCUGCAGUUUCCUGAAAACCCGGAGAGGAUCAAGGCUUUCUGCGCCGUCCUGGGAUCCCAGGGCUUCACCGCCGGAGCUCACAGCUGGGAGGUGGAGGUGGAAAACCAAACGAGAUGGGAGCUGGGCGUUCUCCAGGGGUCCGUUCAGAGGAAGGGAGACUUAUGUUCGGGCUUGUGGAGGAUCCAGCUGUGGGACGACAAACACUGCGCCAUCUCUCCGCCCCAGUCGUCCUCCCUGCUGGCCGUGAAGAAGCUGCAGAAGAUCAGGGUGGACCUGGACCUGGACAGGAACAAGCUGUCCUUCUAUGACGCUGACACAGACACGCACAUUCACACCUUCACACACAACUUCACCCACACGGUGUUCCCUUACAUCUGGACCGCGGCGGAGCGCCCCCUGAGGAUCUUACCCGCCAAGAUCAACGUGAGCCACUCGCUGUCUAAAUGAGGAUCGCGAUGGUUCUACACAGGACCUUCUGACUGCUCUGAGCCUUCAUAUCCCAUAACGUGGUGAUUAUUAGUGCAAUGCCAUGAGAUCUGAGUGGUUCGGCUCUAUGUUUUGGUGAAAUGCUCUUCGGCAUCAUGGUUUCUCGUUGCUUUUGGGUUCUCCAGUGGGUAAAUCUGGUCUCUGAGAUAAAUGUUCCUUUACAGCAGGGCUGUCAAACUCAUUUCCGUAUUGGGCCAUUUUGGCAUCAUGAAGUCAUUAAAAGAGCCGGUUACAGCUGUAGAGAUGACAUAUUUGAUUUCAGAAUUUCAUUUCAGUCCACAUAAAAAUAUAAAAAAAUGCAGAGUAACAUAAAAGUAGCACCUUAGGCCCUGUUUAUAUAUUUUAUCUGCAAGAAACGUUGAUAUUGGGGUGGGUUACACUUUAAACUUAUCAUUCUGCAUCACUUCUUUUCUUUUCGGACAUUUCUGUGUUGUUUUAAUGUGUUGUGGGAAAACUGAAAUCUAAUGGCAGGAUGUUGUUACUACAGAAAUUAACAAUCACACAGUUUUAACCCCUUUAUACAAUUUAAAUGGAUAUAUACCUCUACUUUAUGAGAUGAUAUGCCUUUUUUGGCACCAUCCAGUAUAAAACAACUAGAACUCCAUAAGAUUAAUCAGCUGCACCGUAUUUGGCUUUAAAUGAGGUAAAGGCUGUAAACUUUGGUAUAUUUUGGCGCUUUAGUCAUUCCUACAGUAAAUCUAGACCAGAGUAUCAAAGGCCAGUGCAUCUAAUGUCUCCAACUAUUCAAUGACUUGAGACAUGAACUACUUUGAGACUCUUAAUUAGGAAAUGAGGAUCGAUGGUUAAAUGGAAGCCAUAAAAAUGUCUUUACUGUAUUGGAGCUGAAGAAAAACAAAUCUUGAAUGAAUAAACAAUUAAUGAACUUCAGAUCAUUAUCUGUUGGAAAGCUAUUGUUUGUGUGACUGUUGCAAUUUUUGUUCACUAGCCUCUCAUGUAACUGAUUAGUAACACACCAAUAAGCUGAUUAGUUGUUUAAUCAUAAUUUGUCUCUCUUAAGAUCCUGUAUUAGUGAUCACAUUUUAUCACUUUUGUGUUAUACUGAACUGUUGUUUCAUCAGUAAACAACUUAUAAUAUAAUGAAAAAGUCAACCAGAGUCUGUGCUUAAUUACACAGGAGCUAACGAGGAAAUCAUGAACUAAUUGUUAACAAUGGUUACUUAAAGAGGACCUCUUUAAUUGGACAGCUAGUAUUUAGGUAAUGGUUAAUUAGUGGGUGUCCAGAUGCAUCUCAAUAGUUAAGAAAAAUAAAAACCAAACAGGUCCUCUGGAAAGGUUCCACUUUGUUGGAAAUGUUUUUUUGUUCUUUCAUUUGUUUUUGUUUUUUAUCAAUUAGUGGGACUGACUUGUUGCUUGCAGACUUCUCAUAGUUAACAAUUAACUGUUAAGUUAUUAUUCAUCAGCACUUCACAGUUUGUCCUUAGUUAAUGUGUAACUAAGCUGAUUUAAUUACCUUAUUAUUAUCAUGAACAGCAUUUUCUGACAGCAAAUAACUUCUAGCACUGUCUAAAACACUGAUCUCAGUCCCUUUACAGGGAUAGAAGUUGAACAGGAGCCAAAUGUUGCACCUGACAGGAAGACAUUAUGAGAACCAAAUUCUGUGACUCAACCUUCAAAAGUCUGUUUUAGAUGUUUCUACUGUGACUAUAACUAUUCAUCGUUUCAUUUCUACGGAAGUAAAACUGUUGCUGCAACUCGUCAGUCAGCGACAGGAAUGUGUUGCAAUGGGGGAAAAAAACUUGUUGACAUAAUUCUUGAAUAACUGCCUCAGAACUGGUUACAUGCUAUCUGUCC